GCCAAGGAGUCUGAGAACCAAAAGCUCAGGGAAUACAUUGAGCAGCAACGCGAGCUCCUGAGCUCCCAGAAGGUCACGAUCCGCGAGCUGGAGCGCAACGUAGCGGAGCUCACACGUUCUGCCGCACAGCAGCGCGCGACCUAUGAGAGGUAUUCUGUCAAGGCGGAGGCGAAGGUCCGGGCGCUGCAGGGCCGACUCCGUGAGCUGGAGCAGGAGCAUGCAGCUGCCAUGGGCGGCAUGGCGGCCCAGUUGGAGCGCGCCCGGAAGGAACGCACUGCAAUGGCACUGGGUUUGUCUGCGGUGGCCCUUCAGGCGUGCGGCGGCGACAGCGCCCAUCCCGAGGAUACACACAUGGACUCGGAGCGCGCGGCGGCGGAGGGCUACGAGGCGCUGCCGCGCACCGCGGCGGCGUGGGUUGGGAUGCGUUACGAGUUGGAUGAUGAUGGAAACCUGGCGAGCUUCAGCCGUACGCCAGGCACCGUCAAUCGGCCCUUCGACCGCGACGGGGCGAGGGCUGUUGCAGCGCUGGUGGCCCAAACGCGGCGCAUGUAUGAGCAGCGCGCAACGUAUCGUGCUAAACUGCGCAGCACCGGUCAGCACGUUGAGCAUAUGCAGGCGGUAUUGGACAACGUUGAGGCCGACUUCAACCUUGUUAACUCGAUGAUUGACCAGAUGAAUUCAGAGGCAGCCCGUCUGACCGCCGAGUACGGGCUGCCGCCCCUGCUGCCCACAGAUGUGCCGCCACCGGACGCAGCGGCACGCCUGAGCGAGCGCAUGGAAGGCGUGCGGAUGCUGCUGCAGCGCAUGAGCGAGGAACUGCUGGUGUCGGACGCUGAGAAGAAGGCGCUCACUGCUCAGGUCCUAAGCGGCCAGUUCCUGCAGGACAUGAACAACGCCUCCCUCGAGCAAUCUGUGGACCGGCAGUCGAUCAUCGAGGCGUAUGCGGAGAAGCUCAAGCAGCUAUACGGCGCCGGUCGCCGGGCACCUGUUUCUAAUGGCGUUAACGGCCGUCGCUCCCCAGGUCACGGCCGUCGGUCAGCUGCCUUAUCGUCGCCACCGCCGCCAGCGCGGGGGGAGCGCCCUGCCGUACCGCCUGCCGCGCCGCCGCCGUCCGACAAACGGCCCACACACCCAUUGUCACCAAAAUCCAAGACCUCAGCAAGUCGACCGGCCCACCAGCCGCAUCCCCCACCGCCACCAGUCGAUCUGGAGGAGCGGCGGGGUGCCGAGAAGGCCACACGGGCCAACGCACUUUCUGAGCAUUUCUCUGAGGUCCUUCACAGUGGCACGAAGCCGGCUGCACGUGCUCGACGGUCAAAGCCGACCACCGACAGCACGCGGGCGUCGUCAGAGAAGGAGGCACCGGCUAAGAGCCUAGCGAAGGAGAGCUCUGCUGAGGCGGCGCGUGCCGCACCGCUGGAGGUGGAGGUCGGGUACAGCCGCCCAGCGGAGCCCGUCAAGAAGGCGAGCUCGGACAAGGCAAAGUCCCGGCAUGGGUCACAGCGUAAACAGGAGCCAGAGCCAGAGCGCGAACCAGAACCGGCACCGGAGCCGGCGCGCAAGGAGGAUACAUAUGAGCAGGACGAUUACGGUGAUGCCUUUGGGGACGACAAGGAGCCCGAUGCCGCCGCCGCCCACGCGGAAGAGGCCGCUGACGCUGCUGAAGAUGCUUCCAUAGCUGCAGAUGAUGCCGCUGAGGCCGCUGAAGAGGCCGACGACGCUGCUGCUGCCGCACGGGAGGCAGCCAAGGCAGCCGAGGAGGCUGACAACGCCGAGGAGGCGGCAGAGGCGGCCGAGGCAGCGCAGGAUGCAGCUGAAGAUGCAGCGGACGCGGCGGAAGCGGCCCAAGAUGCGGCAGAGGAGGCAGCGGAGGCGGCUGAAGAGGCGGCGGAGGCCGCUGAGGAGGCGGCUGAGGAGGCGGAGGAGGCGGCUGAGAAGGCGGAGGAAGCAGCGGAGGCUCUGGAGGACGCGCAGGAGGCUCUGGAGGCUGCUAAGGCAGCCUUGGCAGCAGCCAAGACGAAGCAAGAGGCCGAAGAGGCAGAGGAAGCCGCUGCCGCUGCUGCUGAAGCUGCUAAGCGGGCCGAGAGGGAGGCGGCUGAGGCGGCUGCAGCGGCAGAGGCUGCCGCCGAAGCUGCAGAGGAGGCAGCAGAGGAGGCCGAGGAAGCGGCAGAGGAAGCCAAGGAGGCGGUUGAGGACGCCGUGGAGGCGACCCUGGACGCGGCAGACGCCCAGAGGGCAGCUAAGAGGGCUGCGGAGGCUGCGAAAGAUGCGGCGGAGGAAGAGGCAGAAGAGCAGCAGGCGGAGGAUAACAACUAUACGCCACCGGACGGAAAUUCCGAGGCAGGUGACGAGGAUGGUCUGCAGCAGCAGGACGAGCAGGAGGACCGGUCUCCGUUGCGUCUCCAUCUGCGACCGAACAGUGCCGAGCGGGACUCUCUUCGCAUGCGGGUUAGCGUUGAUGCCGAGGAGUCAGCUGGCAAGAAGGGCGACGAUGGCCGCCUGGGGCCCGUUGAUGAAGAUGAACCGGCGGCUGCGGAGGCGGCUGCGGAUGACGCCGAGGCGGCUGCCGACGAGGCAGCAUCCGAGGCUGCCUCUGCUGCGGAGGGUGCUGAGGACGCUGCUGAGGCGGCGGAGGCUGCAGACGAGGCUGGCGAUGCGGCAUCCGAGGCGGCGGACGAGGCUGAUGAGGCCGCUGAUGCUGCAAAGCGGGCAGCUAAGGCAGCUGAGGAGGCCGAUGGGGCUUCAGAAGCUGCCGAAGCGGCGGAAGAAGCGGCAGAAGCAGCCGAGGACGCUCAGGAUGCUGCAGAGGAAGCAGCAGACGCGGCAGAGGAAGCGGCAGAGGCCGCGGAGGAAGCAGCAGAGGCUGCGGAAGAGGCGGCCGAAGACGCCGAGGAGGCUGAGGAGGCGCUGGAGGAAGCCCAGAAGGCGUUGGCGGCUGCCAGGGCCGCGUUGGAGGCGGCUGACACCGCCGAGGAGGUGAAGGAGGCCCGGGAGGCGGCUCGCGACGCGGAAGAAGCUGUGGAGGCUGCCGCUAAGGCUGCAGAGGAGGCAGCGGAGGCGGCUGAAGAAGCGAGGGAGGCGGCUGAGGAAGCACAGGAGGAUGCGGAGGAGGCAAAGGAGGAUGCGGAGGAGGCAAAGGAGGCAGCCGAGGAGGCACAGGAAGCGGCGGAGGCAGCUGCCGAUGCGGCCGAGGAGGCAAAGGCUGAGGAGGAGGCAGAGAAGGCGAUCCUCGAGGAUGCGGGUGAGGUGGCAGAGGAAGCCGCAGAUGACGCAAAGGAGGCGGCCGAGGAGGCGGCGGACCAGGCCGCCGAGGCGGCGGAGGGUGCUGAAGAUGCUGCCUUGGCGGCGGAGGAAGCGGCAGAGGCUGGCGAUGCGGCAUCUGAGGCGGCGGACGAGGCUGAUGAGGCCGCUGAUGCUGCAAAGCGGGCAGCUAAGGCAGCUGAGGAGGCCGAUGGGGCUUCAGAAGCUGCCGAAGCGGCGGAAGAAGCGGCAGAAGCAGCCGAGGACGCUCAGGAUGCUGCAGAGGAAGCAGCAGACGCGGCAGAGGAAGCGGCAGAGGCCGCGGAGGAAGCAGCAGAGGCUGCGGAAGAGGCGGCCGAAGACGCCGAGGAGGCUGAGGAGGCGCUGGAGGAAGCCCAGAAGGCGUUGGCGGCUGCCAGGGCCGCGCUGGAGGCGGCUGACACCGCCGAGGAGGUGAAGGAGGCCCGGGAGGCGGCUCGCGACGCGGAAGAAGCUGUGGAGGCCGCCGCUAAGGCUGCAGAGGAGGCAGCGGAGGCGGCUGAGGAGGCGAAGGAGGCGGCUGAGGAAGCAGCCGAGGAGGCAAAGGAGGCAGCUGAAGAUGCGGCGGAGGCGGUGGAGGACGCUACUGAAGCGGUUGAGGCGGCGCGGGAUGCGAAGGAGGCGGCGGCUGAGGCCGCUGCCGAAGAGGCUGCAGAAGAGCCGCCGAGAUCUCCGGUGCGCGUACACGUGCGACCGGACAGUGCGCAGCGUAAUUCGGUGCGCAUGCGGAUCAGUAUGGACGCAGAAAGAGCGGGGUCUGCUGGUGUAGACGCCGCUGACAGAGAGGGGUACGGCUUGGGGGCCGUUGACGAGGAGAUGGAGGCACCGGCGCCGGGGUCCCAAGAAGGCUCCCCCAAGUCGGCUGUGCGGGUUCAUAUGCGGCCCGAUAGUGCCCAACGUGACAGCUACAAGAUUCGGUUGAGUACGGACCAAGAGAGGGCGGCCGGGGGCGCAGCGGAGGCGGAAGCGGUGGAUGAGGAUGAAGCGUCGCUGCAGGCUGAGAUGCGGGCCUUGGAAGAGGCCGAGAUGGCGGCGCAGAUGGCUGCAGAGCUGGCUAAGGAUGCCGCGAACGACGACGACUUCUACUGACAGCGUCGUCCAAAAGGCACAGCAUUGUCGGGCGGACAAUUGAGCUGCGGAAAUAGGGUAUAAGGAAUUUGGACUGUGGGUGGAGCAAGCGGAGGUCGCCGCGAAGGAGUGAUGGGCAGAGUCCUCCGAAUGCGGACCAACAAUUGCAGGCUUGGACGCUUGGGCGUGUGCGCGUGCGCACGCCUCGAAACCUCACCACUGCUUCCGUGAAUGGUGAUGGUGAUGCGCGAUGUGGAAUGGGAAUCUGACAUGUCGUGAGAAAUCCUGUAUCCUAUUGAUUGGGCCCCGGGGGCCUCUUCUAGGUUGACAUGCAUUGCUUGGCCCAGAGCUCAGCGCACGCAGCAUUCUUUUUUGCGCGUCGCUGGCAUCGUCAGCGCCGCUGCAACUCCAAGCUAACUAUUAUGGUCGUUGAUGGAGCUUGCAGUGUCUGCCCUGCAAGAGGGGCACACUUCAUUAUUGCAGCAUGCAAAUUGAUGCUGUCUUGAUGCGGUGGGGCCCCUUAUGAAGCGCGCGCGGGGUGGGCACCCGUUCUGGUAGUGUACGGCAUUGGUCCACUAUUUAUCUCAGCGGAAGGAUUCUUGAUGCAUGUGCCAGUAUCUGCACGGCUUGGGUCAUUUUAGGCACUUGGUUCAGCCGGGUACUAGCGCAGUGUUGGGCACCGCCUAUGACGUUGAUGCAGAGAACCUCGUGCAAAGGUGCUGCUGCCC